CUCUCCCUCCCUGUACAGCUAUGGCAGACUUCCAUGUCCAGCCGGAGUCGGUGCAUGCUGAGGAGUCUGGUGUGGCUCGGUUCCAGUGUCAGAUCCACGGCCUGCCGGAGCCUGUCAUCAGCUGGGAAAAGGACAGCCGUCCCGUGGACACUAAGAAUGAGAGGUUCACGCUGCUUCCAACAGGGGUUCUACAGAUCACAGGAGUUCGUGAGGAAGACAGUGGAAGGUUCUGCUGUGUGGCCCAUAACAGUGCAGGAGUCAAACACAGUGCUGAGGCACUGCUAACAGUCUCAGGCUCUCAGUCAUCUGUUUACAAAGAGCCUGUGAUCCUGGUUGGCCCAGAAAAUCUAACCCUCACUGUUCACCAGACUGCCAUUUUGGAGUGUGUUGCUACAGGAUAUCCUCGGCCCAUUGUGUCUUGGAGCAGACUAGACGGCCGGCCCAUCGGGGUAGAGGGAAUCCAGGUACUUGGCACAGGGAACCUGAUGAUCUCAGACGUUGGUGUGCAGCACUCGGGGGUUUAUGUGUGUGCUGCUAACAAGCCGGGGACCCGCGUGCGUAGAACAGCUCAAGGACGUCUGGUUGUCCAAGUUCCAGCAGAGUUUGUUCAGCCUCCACAGUCCAUCGCCCGACCAGUUGGCACCACCGCUAUCUUCACUUGCCAAGUGCGAGGGGAGCCUGAGCCUCAGCUCACCUGGCUGAAGAACGGGCAGGUUCUGGAGGCAGGGGGCCAUGUCAAACUCAGGAACAACAACAGCACUCUGAUGAUAUACAGCAUCAGUCAGGAUGAUGAGGCCAUCUACCAGUGCAUCGCAGAGAACAGUGCCGGCUCCACCCAGGCCAGCGCCCGCCUCACCGUACUCUGGGCGGACGGACUGCCCGGCGUUCCCACUCACGUGCAGGCCGCGGCCCUCUCGCCAAGCACCAUCCAGGUGUCCUGGAGGGAGCCCGAUCAGAACACUCAGGACAUCAUUGGCUACGUGCUCCACAUCCGCAGGACCUCAGACCCAGUGGAGAUGGAGUACGAGGAGGCGGUCAGUAAGAUGACCCUUCAGCAGGUCAUUCGUGACCUGGAGCCCUCCACCAGUUAUACCUUCUAUGUCAAGGCCUACACAUCCCAUGGAGCCAGCAAGCCAUCAGAAAGUGUCAACGAAAGCACUCACGGGGAGGUUCCCGCUCCUCCUUCCCUCUUCACGAAGGUGUUGAACAGCAGCGUUGUGCAAGUGAUGUGGGAACCCUCCUCUAAGAUGGGCCAGCAUCAGGGCUUCAGGCUCUACUACAGACGAGCACACGCGCCAGUCUUCGUCGGCCCCAUUGUUUUCCCCCGCAACGUCACCCAACACAACAUCACUCAGCUGGAUUCUUCUCUGGUCUAUGAGAUAAAGCUGCUUGCGUACAACCAGCACGGAGAUGGAAAUGCUACCUUGAGAUUCGUUUCACUUCGAGAGGCUCUGGAAAAAUCUGUGCUGGACGGUCCGUGUGACUGUGUGAAAGAUGAACAGAGCAAAACAUCCACUACAGGCAUCAUCAUCGGGAUCCACAUCGGAGUGACCUGCAUUGUCUUCUGUGUGCUCUUCCUGGUCUUCAGCUACCGUGGCAGGCUAAUGAUGUGUAAGACAGUUCAGGCCACCCCCCAGGCAGGGCACAGUGCGGUGCUGGAAUCCUCUUCCUCUUCUCAGGGGGCCUCUGCGCUUAACGGGGCUGCCAGAAGAGAGAUGGAGGUCAAUGGCAGCGCCGCAGGGAAGAAAAUGGUCGACAGCAAUGAGCUCGAGAGACUUUUCACUCAACCCGACACACGAGAUACAAGAAUGUCCGAUUCCUAUAUGAUCAACGACACCCAGCUGUCUUCGAUACCGCUGGACGAAUAUGCAGUUGAGAGGGAGACGCAGUUCCAGGAGCAUCCUGCAGAAGGACCGGCCCAGCAGGGCCAAGGCUAAUCAUGUAUGAAGGCCCGUUCAUACGACACUCUCUAGUGUCUACUUUGACUUUGUCUCACUCAGGUUGAUAAGUGUUUCUUUUCCAAGUAGUAUUUCCUUUGGUGCAAAAAUUGUUUUGUUUUUUAUUGGUAGGUUGAGAGGUUCUGUAGGACCUGUAUGCUGGAGUGUUUAUGGCAGGGAGGUUUUCAGCAAGGCAUACAAAACAAUGUGUGUAUGUACAUGUAUAUAUAUAUGCAUAUACAUAUACAAACACACAUAUAUAUGUACCAGAUUAUGAGUGGUUAGAAAUGAUUAAUCUUGUCUCUACUUUUCUGUGGAUGUCAAAGACUCCUGUUGCCAGUUUUUCAUUUUACUCUUACUCACAGAAGACCUCAGCCUUCUUCCAGGGAUUCAACAUACUCUGUCUCAGGAAUUUGUUUCAGUGAAAUCAUCAUUUUUUUUAUGAGUUCUCGGCCUUCAUACAAGUUCUAGACUUGGCUGUGUAAACCUUACGAUUCAACAAAAACCUACCUCAGCCGGAAUGAAUGUGUCAUGGGAAGCUUAUAUGGACUUGACCUUCCCCUGUGCUCACAAUUACUUUACAUAUGGAGAAACCGUUUGGAUGGAAAACUACAAGAUCAGGUGCUGCUCUACCUCAGAUAUCAAGGACUGUCUCUCCUCUCCUGCUUAUCGUCGUGAAUUGGAAAAACGAGCAUCCAACAUAAAGCACUUCCAAAUGCUGAAAUUAAUGUUCUACCUCAAGAUAACUAUGUUAAUGUUGUCGCUGUUGUUUGUCUGUUUAUUGCAUAAUGAAAACCCUUCCUUCCCUCAUACUUUGUGAAGUCCUGGCUUUCCACUGUUGUUGAAUAUACGAUGUUUGUGGUGUCAGUACCUCAUGCAAGCUGACAGACUGAUAACAUGAUUUGCAGUGUGUUGAGAAUAUGUAAGAAAUAUGCUCUAAGCUUUGUUCCUAGAUAUUAUUUUAUUUUAAAGUCAUUGUAUUUUUUCAUUGUUAGUUAUUUUGUUUAAAUGAAGAGAAUAUUAGAGAUACACUGCAUUGCAAAUCACCUUCCGUGCUGCAUUUGCAGAAUGGGGUGUGAUAUUUAUUACUUAACUGAACAGUAAACACUAAUAUACAAACAUAAUAGAAGCAACUGCUUCUCAGUGGGUGCUUUGAUUCGUGUCUAUGUACAGUAUAUUUGUGUUUUUAUUGAUUGAAUGAAUGUUUUCAUGCAGAUGUUUCAGGAAGAAACCUAAACACAAUUCCCCAGCAGGGCUUUCAAAAUCUGAGACUUUGAGUCUCCCCUAAAAUAGAAUUUGGAAACAAGACACAUACACUCAUAGCAAGUCAAGCUCGAUAACUACACUAUGACCACUGAUGAUACACUCAUAUUUACACUUGAGUAAUAAAGCUCCAGUUUGUUAGCAAAGAAUAAAAGCUGGAAUCAGGAUAGGAUGCAAUGGUAAUAAAACCCACCUGCUAACCUCUGUAACGGCAGUUCAUCAAUACAUCUUGUUUAUUCUCCAGAACACCAAUGCAUAAACCCAGAAAGAUGUUAAAGAUAGAUAUGAGUUUUAUUGAUCUUCUCAUCUUGCUCUGCAUGAGAAUGUGAACGAACAUUUUUGCCAAAAUCUUAAAAAACACAGUAAGAAAUGGGUAUUGAUCUUCAGGCAAGAAAGCUAAGCAAAAAACGUUUGAUGGCAGUGUAUCUCUAACUCUUUUCUGAAUAUGUAUUGCUGCAGUACUUUUGGUCAUUUGUUUUUCUUAUCACAUCACCUGCCUCCUCUUUUAUCAAAGCAGUAGCCUUUUGCAUGUUUAGUGCCCAGUAGAAAAGACAGUUUCCUGUCUUGAUUAUCUACUGUAUCUCUUCCCAAAACCACAGUAGCUGCUCACCCUUCUCCCUCCUGUCAACUAUGACUAGUUAAAGUGCUUCAGAGACAACAAGUUGUACCUGUUAGAAACUGACAACCAUAGACAGAGAGUGGCUGAGGAAGAUAAACGGAUGCUGGGUGGCCGAACAAUCACGGAGCCUCACACUGCGGCUCCCUGUCAUACUGUACAGGAAUUUCUUUGAUGCAUUAUGGUUACCUACCUCAACCCUGUUUUUGGCCUUUCCCUCAGGUCUUAAUGAAGGAAACCACAGAGUGUGAACACAGACAUACUGUAAACCUACAUUUUAAUGGAGGGAGAACUUUUCAGGACCCUUGUGUUGUGCACUAGUUAUUUAAACAGUCCAUGCUUUUUAAUCUAAGUUACAUGUGUCAUUUUUUUAUAUACAUAUACAUCACAAGCUCUCAACUUGAUUUUUUCUCUUCUGAAGUUACAACUCUUCACACAAAAUCCACAAAAUUGGUUUAGUGAUUACUUUACCCAAACCUAUUUAGAUUGCUUCCAUUAGAAGUCAAGAUGGAAAAGAUGGCUCUCGGAUUCAUUUACUGGAACAUUAGAAAGAUGAUUGUUUUCAGCCCAACCAGCACAUCUGUGGCGUUGAAUAGCGUAAUGCCUGGUUGCAUUAAAGCUGACAUAAUCUUUUGUUAUCGGUUUACACAUAAACUAGUAAAGAUGCUAACCCCUGCCUGGUUUACCGACAGGUGACAGGUCUAGUGGGUCAGAUGUGCAACAUAGUUUGAUUGCAAUUGAUUCAGACGAUUUUAAAGAUACUAUUAGUUGCAGCUUAGAGAAUCGUGUUCCAGAUAAGAGUUUAAUGUCUCCUCAUAACAGCUAAUCGCCUCAGAGUUUGAUGUAAGGCAAGCCAGCAUUUACCGUACUUUCUGCACAAUUUCCCUCUUAGUAAUGAUCUUCAUGUUAUGCCUUUUAAAUGUUUAUGUUUAUGCUUAUUUCUCUGCUGAUUCUGGUAUCUAGUUCUUCUAUUUAAAUGUACACUUUAGUGAUAUUAUCAUGUUGGAAGUGUCAGGGUUUUGGGGGGGGGGGGGUGUUAAGUGUCAAAAAGCUGAAAAAACAGCCUCUGACUUAAAUGUCUCCCAUGUGUAAAUUUAUCAAUCACAGAUUUGAUAUGUUAUCUCCGGGGCUGCUGCAGCCUUAAUCAGUGUUUUUUUUUUUUUACCUCUGCUGGGAGUAAUUUCACUCGGGAAUGAAGUGGUGUGUUUUUUCUUCCGUGCUUAGUUCCUCUGUCCCUCGUUGUAAUUUAAGGUUAAUCUCCAGCUGCAGGAAAUCGCUCACCCCUCGUGGAUGUGACAGGUCUGAGUGCCAUACUAUUUAACCUGAACCACUGUGAACGUGGUGUAGUGACGAUCAUGUUUACGGGAUUAGACUUGGAUAGGUCGGGUUGUCACAUUGCCGUAAAAUAUUAGAUCUUGUUUGAUUUAAAGAGGUGCUUAAAGCUGUCAUCACUGAUUGACGGGUGCUGUAACUCCAUCAGCUGAGAGGAUCGUGUGAUUCCUUGGCUGGCGCCGCCGGUGAAAAGCGAGCCUUUGUCUUGUGUGUUUUACAGUCUUCGGAAGUGCUCUAUCAUAAACUCUGCUCUUGUCAGUUGACUCUUCCCCCCUUCGCCUUUUCUUUUGGUGAAUCCAAAUCAUUGGUCAGGGAUUGUGUGCUCAGGGACUCUCUGAACCAAUUAUUAUAUUUGCUCCAAAUUUAUUUGGCCUCAUGGACUUGAUUUUCCCCCUCAAAUUGAACUUGCUCAGACAGAUUUGCCUCACAAAGUGGCCAUUUAUGUAAACAGAAGACAUAUUGGCUGAACAGAACUGUGCCAUUUACCCCUAGUUUACCCCAUAGCACUGGACAUCUGACCACACCCCACCUAAUAGUUCAUCAGUUACUAUGGAGAAAUGUGUGACAACAGUAACAUUCAAAAUUCAAUUUUAAAUGUUUCUUGAGCUUCUGAAUCACCAGAAUCCUUUGUGUUCUGUAUAAAAUAGUAUAUACGCCUGAAUAUAUUUUGCUUUGCAUUGAGUAUCGGACACAAUAAGCCUUUCAAAGAUGUUAGCAUGAGCUUUAGAGAGUCGUGAAAAGUUGUGAUCUUUCACUGUUUUCUGACAUUGUAUAGAGCAAAGAAUCAGUUGACCUAGAACAUGAUAUGUACAUUAAUGUAGGAUGAGGAUUACCGCUGUUUGCUGCUGUAGAUUUGCGCUCAGGUUCUCAUAAAGGAGGCAUCCUACGCUGGUCAUGCACAGGGUUUGUUUCACAUUAAAUAUGCUACCAGAGUAUGGCUCUUACCCUCAUAAUUACUCAUCUGGCUGUGCAACUCUCUCUCUUUUAUUAUGCAUUAACUAAAGACAGGUAAAUAGAAGAAGUUAAAAAGAUGAUAGUUAGUCUAGGUGGACACUUCAUUUAUGUGUUACGUCUGUUUUUGAAGAGGUGACUCAACAAGGACAUUGAGGAGAUCUGAAACAUUGAGAUUCUUUUAACUAUUUAUUUUUCUACCAGCCCACACACAAUACAAUCAGCGCUUUCUUCAAACGUCCUUUACAUUAAUCAAACUGGGGCCAAAUUAUUAUCCUGACACGAUUGUGAACAGCUUAAAAUUCCAAUGAAUUUGGACUCCGGUGUUCUUUGCUGGAACGCAAAUGACUGUCCGCGUCAAAUAAUGCUGAGUUCAAGGUUUUCUAAGUAAUUUAUUGUCAAAUGGUGAUUUAAUGUAAAUGGCCUGUAAUGUUUAAGAUCAGUAUUAUAUUUUACAUAUUUCCUCCAAGAAGGUGGAUUUAAUCCAGUGUAUUUAAAGGUAGUAGGCAGAGAAAAUAUAAAGUAGAUCUGCAUGACAGAAGAAAAUGAAUAAAAAAAACUAAGUAAAAAGCUGACGUGUUAUUUUAGGUCAACUAAAAAGUGUUAGUAAAUCAUUAUUGGACUUGUGAUGGUAACACUGUGAUAUUCUGCCAAAUAAUGGCAAAAUAAUGUUGUGAUCUCAGUAUGGUACUAUUGAUGGUUCUGUCUCACAUUGUCAGUCAAUCUGUUUGAUGGUGUGUAUUGAUGAAAAAAGGUCGAAUUACCUUUUCUGUUGACAGUCUGUCUUGCCCUCUCUGGCGCCUGAUGAUCACCUCAUCCUCAUCCUCUUCCCACCUGGCAUCCUGUGCACAUGAGUGACUCAGGGUGAUGCCUUGUCUGUCCUGUUACCUGUAAAAGCAACACAUUGUCGUCAUUUUCUUUCACAAACCAUCCUCUCUUGAGGAGAAUUUCUGUUUAUAUUGAUUUUGUCAACACAAUUCAGACCCUCCCUCCGUGCAACAGAAAAGCAUGAAAUUGUCUCCCGGAUAGGAUCUGCUCUGCUGGUGAAGCUGACCACCAUGGUUGUCCUUUAAAUUUAGCAUCAAACAUUUAAGUUAGAGACAACUUAGUGGUAAAAAUAUCUCCUCCCGGAGACAUGGGUUGUAAAAUGUCUGUGUGUGGGGAAGCAUCACAGAGCUGCUUCAGUCUGGCACCACCACAGGGAAAGAGAGAAUUUAAAAAUCCCUUACAGGGGGAUUUAUGUCAAUAUCUUGUCGACAUAUCAAAACACGUAGGCGUAAGAAUGUUUGACCUGCUCGUGCCCCAGUGCGGCUGUGGUUUGCCACAAGAAUUUAUCUCAUAUGCAUAAAAUCGAAAAAACUUAUGUGGUUAGUUUUAAUCGUUAAAGCUGCAAACUGAACUUUAGUUGUAUUGAUUAUAGGAUUUAAACUUCUCACAUAUUGUUUGUAACUCCAGAAUUGAUUACCAACUCCAAAACCAGCAGACUCUGUUCCUGACAUAGAAUCCUACUAAUUUUUUUAUGAUUUAUCAAAAAACAAGUUAUGGAAAAGUUUUAUGUAAUUUAUUAAGUGCUUAAUGUUCCAAAACCAAUCUGAUCCAUGAAGAUAGAUUUAAUUUGCCAGAGACAUUAAACAGACUUUAUUAGAAUUGGAUUUGUACCGUGGAUGUAUUUAAUCUUUUCUUCUCACUGAAACAUCAACAGUAUGUUUCUUAAUGACAUUCCAGAAACUAUCAGUGGAAAACAUCAAUAAAUUUCCUCUUGAAUGCAUCACUGUCUUCUCUAUUAGGUUAUUCUUGCUUUAGCUUGUGCUGGUUCCAGGCAUUAAAUGGUUUCAUCUAUGCAGUUUUAUUUUUAAGGUCCUGCAGGGUUCACAUGUAGUGCCAACCUCAUGAUAAAAUUUCAUAUUUCCACUUGUGUAGAGUUUUUCUCUGAGCAUCUGGCUGACUGUUUUAGGAGGAAUAAAGGGAGCACAAUAUUUUUAACUCAUAAUCAUUCAUAAGGGCGUUUGUAUGUCUGUCAGUUUUUUUCUGUCUGUCAGUCGGGUUUCAUGUCUGUCUGCUGAGGUCACUGCCAAUAUCCUCUUUUCACACCUACAGUUUUAUUCAGGUCAGCAUGAGUGUUCUCAGAGCAUUUUCAGGGAUCACUGCUGUAUGUGUCUGCAAAGUUUUGCUGUUUUUUCACUCUCUCUAGACCAGGGUGUCAAAAUGAUUGAUUAUAAAUCUCUAUACAUAUCCACAUAUACUAUAUGUACUGUAUGUGUGUAUGUAUAUGUGUAAAAAAUAGACCAUUUUUAGUGGUUUGUAUUGUUUUAGGGUUCUUUGUGCAACACUGAUUGAAAGUUUGAAAAAAACAAAAAAACAAUAACAGUGAUAAUAAACUAGCUCUAGUGAUAAACCGAAAUGGGUCUUUGUUUUCUGUGUUUCUGUGUGUGUGAGUGUGUGUGUG